GCUAAGCAGGUGAAAAUCAGUGCUGUAAACCAAUAAUAUUAUUAAACGACUUGACAACUCUAGUUUUGACAUUCUGUGGACCGAAAAAGUCGUUCGUUGGGCAUUUGCAACUCGAAAUAACCAACAAUAAGUAAAAUGCUGCGGUCCAGACUUAUACAAGCAGCUAAUGCUGCCCAACGCACAUUUUCCACAACUCCCAGAGCGCUGGCGGCCAAGCAGAUGACCGUCCGUGAUGGUCUCAAUAGCGCCUUGGACGAUGAAUUGGCACGCGAUGAUCGCGUCUUUCUGCUGGGCGAAGAAGUAGCACAAUACGAUGGUGCCUACAAGAUAUCGCGUGGACUGUGGAAGAAGUAUGGCGACAAGCGCAUCAUUGAUACGCCAAUUACAGAAAUGGGCUUUGCUGGCAUUGCUGUGGGUGCUGCCAUGGCUGGUCUGCGUCCUGUAUGCGAGUUCAUGACCUUUAACUUUUCCAUGCAGGCUAUUGACCAUAUCAUCAACUCGGCCGCCAAAACAUUUUAUAUGUCAGCGGGCGCUGUUAAUGUACCCAUUGUGUUCCGUGGCCCCAAUGGCGCCGCCUCUGGUGUCGCAGCCCAGCACUCGCAGUGCUUUGCCGCCUGGUAUGCUCACUGCCCUGGCCUGAAGGUUGUGUCGCCCUAUGACACUGAGGAUGCUCGCGGUCUACUCAAGUCUGCCAUUCGUGAUCCUGAUCCAGUUGUGGUUCUGGAGAACGAACUGAUGUAUGGCACAGCAUUCCCCAUUGAUGAUAAGGUCACUGAUCCUGACUUUUUGGUGCCCAUUGGCAAGGCCAAAAUUAUGCGGCCAGGCAAGGACAUCACGUUUGUGGCCCAUUCUAAGGCGGUUGAGACAUGUCUGCUUGCUGCCGCUGAGCUUGCCAAGAAGGGCAUUGAAGCUGAGGUCAUUAAUCUGCGCUCCAUUCGCCCACUAGACAUGGCCACCAUUUUUGCCUCAGUGCGCAAGACGCAUCACUUGGUAACCGUGGAGAACGGCUGGCCUCAGCACGGUGUUGGCGCUGAAAUCUGUGCUCGCAUCAUGGAAGAUCAAACAUUCUUCGAGUUGGAUGCUCCUGUUUGGCGCUGUUGUGGCGUUGAUGUGCCCAUGCCAUAUGCCAAGACACUGGAGGCUCACGCACUGCCACGCGUUAACGAUCUUACUGAGGCCGCACUCAAAGUGCUUGGCGGCAAGGCUGGCAAGGCAGUUGCUGCUGCUAAGUAAGCACGACGAAUAGGAAAAUGCAAUCUAAAUUAUCUGUCCCCAACGAAUUCGAUUUGAAAAAA